GCGUCCGCUGACGGCGUCUUUUCCCGAAAAAAUUUCAAGAGGCGAGCAGUCGAGUCCAAUUCCGCAGAAACAACCACACGCUUCGGUUUCGUGUUGCAAUAAAACAAUCAUUCCCAUCUCGGCCAAAACCAACAAUAAAGUGCCCCGAGCAUUUCGCAAGCGCAGUUAACGAGCAGCAGAAAAAUCGAUUGAAUAAAAAUGGCUGGCGGUAAAGCAGGCAAAGAUUCAGGAAAGGCUAAGGCGAAGGCGGUAUCACGAUCAGCGCGCGCGGGUCUCCAAUUCCCCGUAGGUCGUAUCCACCGUCAUCUCAAGAGUCGCACAACAUCACACGGCCGUGUCGGAGCCACCGCAGCCGUCUAUUCCGCUGCCAUUUUGGAAUACCUGACCGCCGAGGUUCUGGAGUUGGCAGGCAACGCAUCGAAGGAUCUGAAAGUGAAACGUAUUACGCCGCGCCACUUACAGCUCGCCAUUCGCGGAGACGAGGAGUUGGACAGCCUGAUCAAGGCAACCAUUGCCGGUGGCGGUGUCAUUCCGCACAUACACAAGUCGCUGAUCGGAAAGAAAGAGGACACGGUUCAGGAUCCGCAGCGAAAGAGCAACGUCAUUCUGUCGCAGGCCUACUAAGCCAGAAGCCAGCACAUGGACGCCUUCAAAACAUGCGAAACUAAUGUUUAAAUCAGAUUUCAGCAGAGACAAGCAAACAAACCGACGAGUUGUAAUCAUUUCUGUGCGCCAGCACAUACUUCUAAUAUACAACGUAAUACAUAACUAUGUAAUUCUAGCAUCUCCCAACACUCACAAGCAUACAACAUACAAAAAACACACAAAAAAAAUGUAUUUACCCGCACGCAGUCUUGUCGAGGUUGAAUAUGAAACAAAAACAAAACUUAAUUUAGAGCAAAGUAAUUACACGAAUAAAUUUAAUAAAAAUUAUAAUAAAAACGCCAAUCCUGUUAUUUCCGAGAUGUUUACAAUUCUGGCAAUGAAUGUAAUGUAUUGAAACUGGAUGGUAUCUUAUUCCAGAUGUAAAAAGUACACGAUUUUCAAUGUGAAAAGUACAGUCUAAUUUCAAUGUCGUGAAGAAAUUGAUUUUUAUUUAACGCAUUUAUCUCAAAACAAACAUAUUUGUAAACCUUAAUAAAAAUACAAAUGCCCAAAGAAAAAA